CGGAAACCGAAACCACUUCAUGGAUGAAGAAACAAUGGUUACAGGACAACACAGAAAAUCUGUCCCAGAGAAUCUGAAGAAACAGCUCGCAGUUUCAGUUCGAAGUAUUCAAUGGAGUUAUGCGAUCUUUUGGUCUGUCUCUGCUUCCCAGCCUGGAGUAUUAGAAUGGGGAGAUGGAUAUUAUAAUGGAGACAUCAAAACGAGGAAGACGGUUCAAGCUUCAGAGAUCAAAGCUGAUCAGCUUGGUUUACGGAGGAGCGAGCAGCUUAGAGAGCUUUACGAGUCUCUCUCCGUCGCUGAAUCUUCUUCCUCAGGAACCCUCGCGGGAUCUCAGAUCACUAGAAGAGCUUCCGCCGCCACACUCUCGCCGGAAGAUCUCGCCGACACCGAGUGGUUUUACUUGGUUUGUAUGUCAUUCGUCUUCAAAAUCGGUGAAGGAAUGCCUGGACGAACAUUUACAAACGGUGAACCGAUAUGGUUAGGCAAUGCUGGUGCUGCUGAUAACAAAGUCUUCAGCCGCUCUCUCCUGGCAAAAAGUGCUUCUGUUAAUACAGUGGUUUGCUUCCCGUUUCUUGGAGGAGUCGUUGAGAUUGGAACCACAGAACACAUUGUAGAGGACAUGAACGUAAUACAUUGUGUGAAGAAAACAUUCCUCGAAGCUCCUGAUCCAUACGCUACAAUAUCACAACCAAGAUCUGAUUAUCACAUAGACAAUGUUCUCGAUCCGCAACAUAUCCUAGGCGGCGACCAGAUCUAUGCUCCUAUGUUCGGUACUAAGCCUUUUCAGGCAACUUCUCCGAGUAGAAACACCAACGGUUUCGAUCCUGAACUCGAACAAGUAGCAGAAGAUCAUGAUUCGUUCAUGGCCGAAGGAAUCAACUCGCAAGUACAAAGUUGGCAGCUCAUGGACGACGAGCUCAGUAACUGCGUUCACCAAUCGCUGAAUUCCAGCGAUUGCGUCUCUCAAACGUUUGCUGAAGCAGCGGCGGGACGGGUUUCUUGGAACGCAAGAAAUGGUAAGGCUCAAAGGUCAGGGCAUUAUCGAGAGCAACAGAGAAAUGUGAAGAUGUUAUCUUUUGACCCAAGAAACGAUGAUGUUCAUUACCAAAGUGUGAUCUCCACGAUUUUUAAGACCAGCCACCAGCUAAUCCUCGGACCACAGUUUCGUAAUUGCGAUAAGCGGUCAAGCUUCACGAGGUGGAAGAAACCAUCAUCAUCAUCAUCUGGAACCGCAUUAGUUGUACCACCAUCACAAGAAAUGUUGAAGAAGAUUAUUUUCGAGGUUCCACGAGUGCACCAGAAAGAGAGGUUGUUGUUGGAUUCACCGGGGGCUGGGGAUGAAACGGAGAACCAUGCGGUUUUAGAGAAGAAACGUCGGGAGAAACUGAACGAACGGUUCUUGAUCUUGAGAUCAAUCAUUCCUUCAAUAAAUAAGAGCGAUAAAGUAUCAAUUCUUGAUGAUACGAUUGAGUAUCUUCAAGAGCUCGAGAAACGGGUUAAGGAACUAGAAUCAUGCAGAGAACCAACCGAUGCAGAAGCUCGUGAACCAAUGACAAUGAAGAGGAAGAAGCCUUACGAUGCAGGUGAAAGAACAUCAGCUAAUUGCCCAAACAAUGAAAUUGGCUACGGGAAAAGAACCCAUGUCGAAGAAGCCGAACCAGCAGAAACCGGUUUAACCGAUAAUUUAAGGAUCAGUUCGUUUGGAAACGAGGUGGUUAUUGAGCUGAGAUGUUCUUGGAGAGAUGGAGUUUUGCUUGAGAUAAUGGAUGUGAUGAGUAAUCUCAACUUGGAUUCUCAUUCGGUACAAUCCUCGACCGGAGACGGUUUACUUUGCUUAACCGUCAGUUGCAAGCACAAGGGUUCAAAAAUAGCAACACCAAGAAUGAUCGAAGAGGCACUUCAAAAAGUUGCAUGGAUAUGUUGAAGACGUUUUUAGCUUAAAGUAUUAGCAAGAUAUUCUCCCGCUUAGGUUUUGUAAUCUUUGGCAUUUUCUAAUUUUAGGAAUUCAUGUUGAAGACGUUUUUAGCUUAAA